AUGUGCAACAAUACACUUCACAAAGAGGAAGAGUACAUUGACUACUCGUGCAGUACAUCCGUGGAACGGUUGACGAGAGAUGUGGAGUCCUUGCUGCGUUCGUGGCACAUUCAUGACGGCUGCGAUCGCCACUAUUCCGUCAACACCGACAGGAAUGGACUCAGUCAACUCCGCACGGAACGCUUGACAUGGACGGCCCAUGGCAACCUCUCCAUCCCACUCCAAUUGUCUCUCUGGGAUGGACCCGCUUCGAGAGCUCCGCAACGCAAAAAGAAAAAGAGCAGUCGACGAAAUCGAAAUCAUCAAAGCAGCCAGAGUGGUAGUCCCAAGAGCCCCAGUAAGAAAACCAAGGGAGGCUUCUUCAAGUCGGUCCUCCACAAGAGCAAGAAAGGCAGUCGACGAUCCAGUGUCAGCAAUGACGAAUGCGCCUUGGACAAGAGACUCAAGGAUAUCAAAGAUACGUUCUCCAUCGGUUUGGACGAUGAUAUGGACAGCAGCAACCACACGACUUGCACGGAUUGGUUGGACGAUGAUGAUGAAGAUGACUACGAAGAAGAAGAAGAUGAGAGAGGUCAAAGCAGCAACAGCAAGUCCAAGAAGAAAAAGAAGAAACGGGAAAAGUACAGCCACUUGCCCAAAUCUUUGCAACGACCACAACAUGAUCAAGACUUGACAUACUUGCCAGAAUCGCUCUUUGACAACUUCUCCACUCUCUUUGGCAUUGGACAACACAUUACUCUAACGCCCGUCCAACCUGACAUGGAACUGCAGCAACCCAACAACAACAACAAUAACAACAGUUUGGCGCUACUCUGCCAGUCCCUUUUAGGCCGACACAAACCACAACCGGCACGUCAAGUCUUGACACAGAUACUUGCCACAUGGCUGCAGACAGCACUCAACAAUGCCGCCAUGAAUUGCCAAUCCUGUCUUCCCGUGUUUGGAGUAUGGGGACACUACCCAUCACUCCCACAACAACCAUCAUCUUUGACAGCGUCCUCUUCCUACGCCUCCUUUGCCGACGACAUUAGUAGUACUGGCUCAUUACAAGUCCAACAACAACAACAACCAUGCAACAAGGCACUCAUUCCCGUCUUUCCUCCGUGGCUGGAUACAGUCAGAGCCAACGCACAGAUACAACAGGCUGUCAUGACCAUGGAGCAACAGCAGCAGCAACAACAAAAGCGACCACACAAACGAUCGUCAGGCAAAUUGACACCCUUUUCUCCCCGACGACGAUCCAAGUCGACGGGGAGCAUGGGGAUUGCAACGUCGUCCUCCCAACAAAAGACAAUUCAGCAAGAUGUCAACGCAGCCUACAUUCCACCGUUGGUGACGGGAUCUGUGAUUCCCACCACCGAUGUCUAUGCCAAUUUCACCUGCGCCGUAUUGCCGCAAACCGGAGUGGCGGUCGAUCGAAUGUCCACCUGGGGACAGUUGCUCCUACGCUAUUGUGACGACGACACCCACAGUAAUAAUAAUAACAAUUCGGUAGUCGUACUCAGUGGCGCUCGACACGUCUAUGCCUGGUGGAAAGAUCAGGUCCCAGCCGAGGAAACACAAUCGUGGAGAGGAAUGGAUCCAAAAGAGUACUGGAAACAACAACAACAGCAAGCAAGCAAUCCACCGACACAGCAAGUUUUGGCAGCGCUCCCGUUCCAGCAAGAAGAGAUUGAAGAUUAUCAUCAUGCGUGUCGGGCGCAUGCCUUGAAAAUCAUGGAACAAGGCACUGGACGGAAUGCGUGGGGACCGACAGAUGAUCCCAUCAAGGCCGUUCACGCCAAAGUGGUGUGGAAUUCCGAAUGCAUUGUGGAAGACGACAAAAAGUCGUCCUCCACCAUCCAGGCUCUGGCGUCAUUUCCCUCUCCGACCAGCAGUGACUCGACCCACUUGUUGCUGGAUCCCAAGCGAGCAUCUUCCUUUCGGUUAAAGGCAUUCCUGGAUAGUCAAGCAUUGGAGCCAACGCUGGCUACGACGCAACGAUGUGUUCUGGCGUGCUUGAUCCGAACAUGUACGUUGGCGCCUCUUACUUUGCUACGACAUCUUCUCUGGGAAGAAGACAUUGUCGAGGACUGGGACCAUGACGCGGGGGACCGCGCUGCCAUGCAAAUUUCACAAAGGGCAAAGGUGGGAGACGCCACCAUGACACUGGUGGAUGUCAUGGAUUGGAAAACUUGCGCCGAAGAAAUGAUCGCGACAGAGCGAGCCCAAGAGAUCGUCACGGAAGUAUUUGAGGGGAACUCUUCGUACGGCUUCCCGAGUCCUCCGGAUGACAUGUUUUCUCGGCAACAAGGUCUCUACAAUCAAAACAAGCACCCCUUGUUGGAACCGUUGUUUCAGUCAGCUCCGAUUGGUCGCUUGCUAUCCGAUUUAUGUGCACGCAUGGCGCAGCUACGAACUCCGUGCAGUAUGGCGCUCUUGUGGAGCACGUUUUGCCAUGAACUUCGCCAUCGAUGGGGUUCUCGAGAGCCGCUGCCGCAUAUGAGCUUUGUCCCUGGCUUGGAUCCAUCCCCGACGGUUUUGGCGGAACGUCGCAAGUGGUCUACUAUUGGUGUCAAGGCAGAUUUGGCGGCAUUCCUAAACUGUUCCGAACCGGAUCCAGAUGAUCAACAUUGCUUGAUUGGACAAAAGUUGCAGGUAUUUAACAUAGGGAUUGAGACGAUGACUGCGAUGGAAGCCCAAAGAGAGAGAUCGUUUGAUGAUCAGGACCCAACUGAACAAAGCAUGGAUUCGCCCACGUCGUCUGACCUUGACAAGAUGAACGAUGGCUCCAACUCAUCAGUGCAAAUGCCAGCUAGGGCCACCUCUUUGGUCAGCAUGAUUUCAGACGGUUUGACCCCGGCUCCCUCGAAGGAAGAGGCUCAGCUGAAGUCACCGACAAGUGGAAUGGCUGGAAGCAUGUCCUCGCUGAGCUCCUUUCAGUUGCCGUCAGAUUUGUUCAAGGGUCGAAGCCGCAACAAUGCUAUUAUCGACGGGUUGUUGAUGAAAGAGAAGCCCGCGCCCAUACCGGUCGACAAGGAAGAUACUUCCACAGCUUCUGACAGCGUCGACAGCGAAUUUUUCGACGCAGAAGAAUGCGGCAUGAGCAUAUUCUCGAAUGCUUCCUUUUUCUCAAAAAAUCUGGCAACCACUGUGGUUCACAGGAUUGACAGGAAAGGAGCAAGAUGUCCACUCCACGGGUGCAGCCUCGUUGCAAGUGGGGAUCAGGUUUAUGCUCCGUAUCUACUGAGACCCGAGCCCUUGACGGAUGACAUGAUAUUGGAUCGUCGCGUCAUGCUAGCUGGAUCCGACAUGGAUGGAUCGGAUUUGGAUGCUUCAGAAGCCUCCCGAGUGCCCGUCCAACAGAGGCUCGAGAUCGCUUAUCGGCUUCAAAAACCAAAGCUUCUCAGCGACAUGAACGCAUUCAAAGCCGCAAAUCCUGGAGCAAUCUUUCAGGAUUUCGUCAGCUGGUACGGGAAUCCUGGGAACCCCCUCGAGGACUACGCUCCACGCAGCUCAACAGUGAAUUCACAACCAUCACACAGUGGUCUCGCAACCACUGAGUCAGUGGCAGUCAAACUGGACAAGGCCACCGAAGCCAUCCACAUCCUAAACGAGACGAGAAAUUUCUGGUCAAAUACAUGGGACGAAGCUACGGCUGUGCCUGCUUCAGAGCAGAAUCCACUAUUUGAGGUCUUCAGCACAGUCGAAAUGACACUGGACUAUCUGGAGAAUAUGCACCCGGCUAUCAUGGUGAACCAGCUGAUGGCAGUAACGUUUUCGAAUUCAUACUAUACUCUGGUGGCAUCUGCUAAAGAUGCUGUGAAAGUGAAGGUAGUUGAAAGUUCGAUUCAGCGACUACGAAACAAGACAGAGGAGGUUCUGGAGGUUUUAGGCAGUGAGGCAUCCAAUGCUACCAACGCCUUCUAUAACAUGCAAGCAGGUCCCAGAAGCAAUGGCGCGAACUUUGUCUCCAUUGAAGCAAUUCAUUUGUGCGAGGAGGUCUGUGCUGCCUUGAGUGAGUCAGAAAUCAUGAUUGCGCUGGCUACUUCCCUCCUUCAAAAAUUCCCUGGCCAGUAUGAUUCAGUACAGCACAUCAUGAAGCACGCGGAUGGAGAUGAAGUCGAGCUGCAGGACACAAAUGGUCAGGACAGUAUUUUGGAAGUCAUUCGAAUGCAGCAGGCUGGGAAUGUCGCUCUUCCGAAUCCUAUGUUGCGGGAGUAUUUGCUGCGGAACUUGGACGACGCCAAUCCUUGCCAACUGAGCGUUCGUUAUUGUGAAAGUUCAAGCGACAACAAUCAAGGCGGUCUCAUGAUAGGUCUGACUAGGACUCAAACAGACUGA